AUGAUUAAGUUAUGCGUGAAGCACGAUGUGUUUUUGUCGAAAAUUAAGGACGAAGCUAUAGUGAGGAUAAGAAACAAUUACAUAUUUAAAGCCAAGUUGUGUAUGAAGCCUUUUAUAAAUUACACGCCAUUUUUGGGCAUGGUGUUCCUAUUAAGCAACUUUUUGGAGUACUAUGUUUUCUGGAAUGAAGAGAAAGCAAAGAAUAUGGUUCGUCAAUUACCGUAUUACUCGUAUUUGCCAUUCGACACGAACGAGCACUAUUUGUGGGGUUUUGCUUGCAAUGUUUUCUUCGUCUAUUUCGCCAUUAUCUUGUAUGUUUCAAACGAUGUUAUGCUUAUAAGUGUUUUAUUUUUUAUGUCAGUUAAACUGCAAAUCCUGCAAAAUUUUCUAAGGAACCUUGGAAAGUACGCUGGCAAUAUUAGGCAGAUUCAUGGCGAAUUAACUGAAGAUCAGGCUGUGUUUGUUACAAUAAGAUUGUGCAUUAUGGAGCAUCAAAAUAUAAUGAAAUUGGUUACUGAAAUAAACAGCAACAUUAAGUUUGUACUUUUAUUGGAAUUUUUCACAAACUCUUUGCAACUAGCAGCAAACCUUUUAACCAUAAUGGACCUCGAAAUCGGAGCUAUUUUCUUCUUUGUGCUCCUGUAUUUAGUCCAAAAAGUUGCCGAAAUUAUGGUUUUACAUUAUGCUGCUGACGAAAUUAAAUCACAGAGCCUAAAUCUAUCAACAGCUAUUUGCGACUCAAACUACUACAACUAUAACAAAAAAUCCAAAGAUUGCCUCAGGCUUAUGUUACUUUUCGGAGCCAUACAGAGGAUGAUUAAGUUAUGCGUGAAGGACGAUUUGUUUUUGUCGAAAAUUAAGGACGAAGCUAUAGUGAGAAUAAGAAAAAAAAACAUAUUUAAAGCCAAGUUGUUUAUGAAGCCUUUUUUAUAUUACACGCCAUUUUUGGGCAUGGUAUUCAUAUUAAGCAAUUUUUUGGAGUACUAUGUUUUCUGGAACGAAGAGAAAGCAACGAAUAUGGUUCGUCGAUUACCGUAUUACUCUUAUUUGCCAUUUGACACGAACGAGCACUAUUUGUGGUGUCUUGCUUGCCAUUUUAUCUGCGCCUAUUAUGCCAUCGCGUUGUUUAUUUCAAGCGAUAUUUUGCUCAUAAGUUUUUUAUUUUUUAUGUCAGUUAAACUGCAAAUCCUGCAAAAUUUUCUAAGGAACCUUAGCAAGUACGCUGGCAAUAUUAGGCAGAUUCAUGGCGAAUUAACUGAGGGUCAGGCGGUUUUUGUAGCAAUAAGAUUGUGCAUUAUCGAGCAUCAAAAUAUAAUGAAAUUGGUUACUGAAGUGAACAGCAACAUUAAGUUUGUACUAUUUUUGGAGUUUUUCACAAACUCCAUGCAACUAGCAGCAAACCUUUUGGCCAUAAUGGACCUCGAAAUCGGAGCUAUUUUCUUCUUUGUGCUACUGUACUUAUUCCAAAGAGUUGCCGAAAUUAUGAUUUUACAUUAUUCAGCUGACGAAAUUAAAUCGCAGAGCCUUAAUCUAUCAGAAGCUAUUUGCGACUCAAACUACUACAACUAUAACAAAAAAUCCAAAGAUUGCCUCAGGCUUAUGUUACUUUGCUUGAACCCCUUCAAGCACGUUUCUAUCGAUUGCCUUUUUCCCCGCUCGCCGGCUUACAUAACCUUCGAACUAGUGAUCUUAGCUGCCACGGUGUUGACCUACACCCAGUUCAUGCAAGUUGCAACUUGCCAUCAAUCAUGCCGACACCGCUACGGCGACGUGCCAACGCAAUCACAGGCGGCUCUCUAUGCUCCUGCUAUUCCUGCUGUCUCCGCCAAAUUAAUGUAUCCGACACAUUGCUCACCUUUAAAGAAGCUAGAAUUUUGUUCGUUCUGA